CGCUGUCAAGGGUUACGGUGGCGGAGUGUGAUGUGUAACUUGCAGGCGAUUAUGGCUCGGCUUUGCGCUUUGCUCCUUCUGCUUGCUGUGUUUCAGUGUGUCUCUUCGAUUUCUUUCUACUUACCGGUGAACUCCAGGAAGUGUUUGCGGGAGGAGAUCCACAAGGACGUGCUCGUCACCGGAGAGUACGAAGUGAGCGAGCAGCCGAACACGAAGACGAACCUGAAGAUUACUGACUCUUCUGGUCACAUUCUAUAUUCUAAAGAAGAUGCAACGAAAGGGAAGUUUGCUUUCACCACGGAGGACUAUGACAUGUUUGAAGUGUGCUUUGAGAGUAGAUUUCCAAAAGGCACUGGUCGAGUUCCGGAUCAGAUAGUAAACUUGGACAUGAAGCAUGGUGUUGAGGCAAAGAACUAUGAAGAGAUUGCCAAGGUUGAAAAGCUGAAGCCCCUGGAGGUGGAGCUUCGUCGGCUGGAGGACCUUUCUGAGUCCAUUGUCAACGACUUUGCUUAUAUGAAGAAGCGCGAGGAAGAGAUGAGAGAUACCAAUGAAUCUACAAACACACGUGUCCUGUACUUCAGCAUCUUCUCCAUGUGCUGCCUCAUUGGUCUUGCCACCUGGCAGGUGUUCUACUUGCGCCGCUUCUUCAAGGCAAAGAAGCUCAUUGAAUAAGGGGUCAGUGCUUCAAAUGGUAAUGGUGUCCCAAACAUUUUCUCAUUUAUAUUGUAAAUACUGUUAGUUAACUCUUGGGAAUAUAUGGUUUUGGAGUUUUCGGUGUAAUUGAAGAAAGUGUGCUUCAAAAUAGUCUUCAAGACUAAGUUUUAUUUUUUCCUUCAAAUCUUGUUUCAUAAUAGAUGAAAGUAAAAUUGUCCCAACAACACAACAAAUGUGAAAGCGACCGUUACAGUUUGUAAUAAAAGACAUUUUGAAAGAUGGACACACAUUUUUUAUAUUCAUUUUUUUCUUCUAACUAUUUCAAAACUCAGUAGUAGUGCAGUGGAAUAACCACAUUUGGAUUUAUCUUAAUCAAAUCUCUUGUUUGCAGUAUUUAAGAGUUUUGUAAACAGCGUUAUAUCUGAUCACAGUUUUUUUUUUUUUCUUAAUGAUAUUCAUUUAUGGUCAUUCUUACCUUAUGGCAAUCUCCAUAACAGGUGGUUAUUUCUGGUUUAAAGGUCAACUUUUUCUAUUUUAAGAUCUGUUUCAAUUUUUUAAAAAUGAGUAGUAGCAGAGAGGUGGUGGAGGCUGUGAGGUAUUAGAAACCCCUUAGAUAGAAUAGAAAGUGAAAUGUUGCUUUGGGGGUAGAGGAAGAGGGGUGGUGUACAGCAUCUCAGAGCUGUACAGAGCUGUGUGAUUCCACCCAAGGUAUUUUUACAUCUAUAUUAUACUUUAUAUUUAUUCAUUUAGCAGAUGCUUUUCUCCAGUGACGCACAUCUCAUAGAAAGUACAAAUUGUGCAUUACAAACUUACAAAAACUACCAACCAAAUUUGCUUUAUCUUUUUUAAAAAAAUGAAAAUGUUUAUUAUGCUGUAUUAAUCACUUCUGUGUUUUGUGAAAGUUUACCAUUAGCCAGACAACUGGCAUGUAAGGUGAAACUUGUUUUUUAAUACAUUCUUCCCAUGUGAUCCUCCAUUACACUGCAGUUGGCCUCAUUCAUUGUCAUCCUCUGCACAGCUCUGUCUUGUGUGUGUACAGUGGUGUGAAAAAGUUAGUAAACCACACAAAAAGCUUUGUCGUCUUUAUAUUUUUUGACUAAAGGAUAUUUGAAUACUAAGGAUAUUUGAAUACUACUAAUAGUUGACCUAAUUUUAAAAAAAAAAUCAAAUUUUGCAUUGAUUUGUACUUUUUAAAGUUAAAUUUAACUUUAUGCAUGGGGUGUAGCAUCUUGUCCUGUGUAUCUUGAAUGUAAUGACACACGCACGCUGUCUGAAACCACUUGUCCCAAG